AUGCUUUCUCGCUCCAUCGUUACAGCUCCCCCACGAGAGGAGCAUUUCGAUGUGCCAUGUCGAUCAAACGGUUCUAUCAGACUUGACGUCUACCACGGUCUCGAUGCAUCAUCUCCUAUUCUCAUCUAUCUGCCCCCAGGGCCUGUAGUCCCUCAAAACUCUGGGGCGGAAGAAGGCGUCAUCACCGCCUUACGUGCAUCAAGCGCGGCGACUAUCGUCCGCAUCAACUACCGUGCAUCCUCACAGCAUCAGUUCCCAACACCAUAUCACGAUGUACUCUACGGGUACGACUGGAUCCAAGACAACUUGCUUCUUGAUGGAUCCCAUCAGCCCUAUGCCGCACGCCUCGGAAUCUGUGGCGAGCUGAUGGGAGGCUCCAUCGCCACUAUGCUAGCUUUGACAGAAUGUCGAGUGGGUGAGAGCCGCAUCACUGCCGCUGCCGUGAACAAUCCAAUUGUGGAUUGGGUCUUUCCUGACGAUCUGCCUCACGUCAGCCCAUCAGACUUGCCAGAGCCAUCCUCCACCGAGGAAACUGCGUUCCCUGCUGAUGAGGACAUGAUGGCCUCAUUCAAGGCACUCAAAGUGGGAGAGCUGCCGAAGGCCAAGGCAACGCGAAAGCGGAAGCCGAAAGCCAUGCCUAUGACUUCAUGGCACGCUUGGGCAGAGAACUCUCUCAUGCCUACUCUGCCUCUCUCUGCGAUGCGCGAUGUACUUUUUCGACGACAAGACGGCAUGUUCGAUCGGUUCGCCUCGCCAAUCCACUUCUUCCGCUCACCGCAUGCACAGCUCAUUCUGCCGCAGUCUGUGGACCCAGCCCUUGAGCAGCCCGACUACGCCCUCGACGUUGAGACUCAGAUGAGUCUGAGUCACUACAAUUCUUUCAAUGGCAAAGCCCCAGAGCUGCUGGGAACGCCUGAGUUGACGAGGUGUCGAUCGUAUGCACGUGUCUACCCGCAAGCAGGCACUGGGAAGAUCAGUUUGCCAGCCUGGAACAUCACCACCGGUGCACAAAGUCCGCUUCACGAUCAAGCAGCGGAACUGUCGAAGGUGCUCAGACGGAGCAUUGCUCGCCACACUAUGAAGUCACAGACUGGUCGCAUACGAGCGCACGACCCCGCCGAGAAGCAGUAUUACGAGGGGUAUGCAGAGGAAAGAGUGCUCUUCGAUUCGUACACUGACACAGGGCUAUGGACGCAACAACUGCGCAAUGCCAAAGAGUCAACACACAUCGACCGUGUUGGAAGCUGGAUGAAGCAAUGUCUAUCUCCAGAAUCUUCAUAA